CACACACAUACAUACAUACAUACCCCCUCCCGCUCGCCUCCUUCCCCUCCCGCUGCCCCUCCUCGGCCCCUUUCACUGCUCGCCGCUCGGCCCUGCGCCCUCGCCCCGUCUUCGGCCCUCGCCAGGGCAGCACCCGCCACCAUGGCCCACCUGUUCGACCCGACCAGCACCAUCACACAGCUGGAGCUGCACACCGUGCUGGACAAGCCCAUCCGCGAAGACCUGCUGGAUGGCACCCAGCCAUCCGACCCGCCCAGCCUCCUGGCCGAGGCGAUGUACGACCUGCAGGCCAAGCUGCAGCUUGCCACCCCGGGAACCAUCGUCCCCCGGCGCGCGUGGGCCUGCCAGCCGGGGCCGAAAUUCCUCCGGCGCUGGGCCGCGCACUUGGAAGCCGGCCCCGGGGCCGACCCCCCGAGCGAGGUGUCCCGCGUGUGGGUGGAUCUGAGCAUGGCCGACCAGGGGCGCUGCGUGUCCCCCUCCCUGGCCCUGCCUCAUGGGGCCCUGCCGGUGGAUGUGGCGGUCAACGCGCACAAGGUAUUCAAUGAUUGGCUCCGGCCGCGGCUUGGCGGCGACACGUCGCAGCAACCGGGCGCCGGCGGCUCGGUGGCCCACAAUGACGGUGGCCUGCAGGUGCGCUUCGGGAAUCUGCGCGACUGGAUCGUUCAGCCGGCCCCGGGCCCGGCCCCGGGGACCGACGCCCCGGCCAUCGCCCAACCCCCCCGGCGCUUUAUGUGGUGCGACGCCGCCCUGGGCCGGGCCUUCCACGAGUCGGAUCUCCAACGCGCACGCAACCUCGACACCCUGCCGGCCGGGUAUGGCUCCUUCGUGCGACAAGUGUCUGAGGGAUCGUAUGACUUCCUGGUGAAGGACUCCUCGCGGGUGCGGCCGCUGCUCAUUGUAGAGCUCUUCCUGGCGCCGCAGAAUGAGACUGCCGGCAUGCCGGUGUGCUCGCACUGCUUCGACAUCAUCGAGGCCAAUCUGGGGGCCGAGCCGGAGGCUUUGGCCGGGGUGUGCCACGUGUGUGCCCAGCAGUCGGCCGGGCCGAAUGGGCGCAUCCUCAACUUCCUCGGGCGCAUCCGGCCCGGAGCCGGGUCCGAGCGCGUUGUCGGUGCCGGUGGCGGCUCCGGCCCGGCCACCGGCGAGUCGGCUCGCUUCCCCCAGGACAGCCUCCGUCUCCAUGUCCAGCCCGGGGACCCGCACUUUGCCCACUGCGUCAAGCACCCGCAAGAGCGCGUGGAGCACUAUUGCAUCCCAUGCCAGGAGCCAGUGUGUCGGUUCUGUCGGCUCGGCGCGCCGGAUGCUCGAUUCGCCAUGGACACCGGGGAUUCUCGGCCGGACACACAUGCCGAGUCGCACUCGUCUGCCGGCCACCAACUGGUCAAGUUGCAGUCUCUCUAUGCGGACGUCAUCCGCCAGGCGAAGAAGCUUGAGUUGGACUUCGCCGAGCGCCGGGACAUUUUGGCCCUCGCACGAGCGCGCAUCGCCAACCGCCGGCAAAGCGUCGUCAGCAACAUCGACUUUGUCCGCAGCUCCCUGGAGAGCAUCUACCAGGCCACCAUGCGUCAGCUGGACGAGCAUCGCACCCAGAAGAUGCGCCAACUCGACGAGGAGGAGGUCGAGGUGAGUCGCUUCCUGUCGGAACUUGAUUCGCUGGAUCGUCACCUCGCCUACCAGCGCCUCGGGUAUGACAGCUGUGGGGUUUUGCAAAACUGGCCGGUUCAUCGGCAACUCCUGGCACGGGUGCACGCCCGGCCGCUGAGUGCCACCAUUCAGAAGAUCGCCGGCAAGAAUGUGGAACACCUGGCCCCGGGCUCGGGCUCGGGCUCGGGCUCGGGCCCGGUGCCGCCCGGCGCGUCGUCCGUCCAGGCGGACCUGCGCCUCGAAGGAACGGUCAAGGUAGUGGUCGACAGCCGCGUGGCCGCGCAGCAUUCCUCCGACGAGCCAUCGGGCAUCAGCUUGCCGGCGGGCCCGGGGCCGCUGGCGCUGCCCGGUGACCCUGGCAUGCCGGGCCCGGAGCCCGGGCUCGGGCCCGGUCCCCCGAGUGCCGGGGCCCGGCAGCGCCGGGGUCCCCUCCCCGGGGCCGAGCCCCUGGCACUUGACAUGUCCGGGAGUUUGGUCCCCUCGCGGCAGGUCACCUCGCUGGCCGGGCUGGCCGGGCUGUUCGGCGGGCCGGACGCCUCGGCCGAGCACGCCAGCCUCCCCUCGCCGGCUCCGUCGUUGGCCUCCGGCGGGAGCUCCAUCUUCUCGGUGGAGACCGACGCCUCGGCUGGCUCGCGGCUGUCUUGCAUCUCCCUGGCCUCGGUCAGCUCGGUGGCCUCCGGCAUGUCCAUCGGCUCAGCCGGUGGGGGCGGUGGCAGCGGCACGCCCGGGCGCGUGACGAACUUGGCCUCGCUCGCGGCCAGCAGCCACUCCACCUCCACCAGUGCAUGGACCCCGUCGGUGGUGGAGUGUCCAUCGCGCAAGGGCGGGGCUGCCAAUGGGGGCGGCAAAAUCCGGCGGAUUUUGGACGGCCUGCGGUCGGUGGCCUCCCCCGGGGCCGCCAUGGCCGUGGCUGCCUCUCGGGAUGCCACCGAGCCGCGGACCCCGCCCAGCGCCGCCGCACGCCCGGCAAGUGGCUCCGCCGCCCCCGCGGACCACGGCUCCUCCGCCCUCGGCCAUCCGUCUCCCCGGCCGGAUGUCGGGGCCCCGGGGCGCGGGCACGCCCCGGGCACUCCGGCCAGCGCCACAAAGCGCUCUCGUGUGGCGGGGGACCUGGACUCCGGUGCGCGUGGCGUGCCAGCCCCGGACCCUGGUCUGGCCUUUCAUUCGGCCGCCGAGCUGGAUGACGUUCGUGUGUCGGAUCUCUUCUUCGGCUCAUUGAACCCCGUGCGCAAGGGCGCCGAGCGGUACAACAUUUGAAUACACUCUUGGAGCUUUCGUGCCCAUCCAGCA